AUUUAUUUUCUCACGUGUUGCUUUAUCAAUCAGAGUAGUUCUUUUUUUCCCUCCUUUUGAAGUGGACAGUCCAAAUGCUCUCAAAUAUAUAACUACUCUCACAACCCAACACGCCGCAUUCGACUAUUUGACGAUUCGAUCGUCCCGAACAUACAAGUACACAAACAUGUCUGCAAACCAGCAAUCGCAUAUCAGCGACCCUGCACAAGGACAGCCAGAGCAAGGAUCAGAAGCCAUCGCGUCUCUGCAGAAAGUCGCAUAUACCGACCUUCCCGCGGGACUGGCACCGAGCCACAUUCAAGAAAAGGACAUAGAACGAAAUGAGCAAACGAAACAAGACGCGCAAGCUGGUCCGCAAUCCCAAACGGUUUUAUAUCUCGCAUAUGGAUCCAAUCUGUCCGCCGAGACGUUUCUCGGGAGAAGAAACAUUCGGCCGCUGUCCCAGCAGAAUGUGGUCGUUCCUGCCCUGAGCCUGAGUUUCAACCUUCCUGGCAUUCCGUACAUUGAGCCGUGUUUUGCGAAUACUCGGUUUCGCAAUUCUUCACCAUCAUCACACUCACCUACACCGUCAUCAACAUUAUCUUCAUCAUCAUCACCACCACCACCGCCGACAUCAUUGCCUGGCCCUUCUUUACCAGGAGCACCAGAAAAGUCUCCCCUGCUUGAACCUCCCACUCACUCCCAGCGGCAUCGUCCCGAGUACCACAAGGACCGAUGGCACAAGGGUCUCGUGGGCGUAGUCUACAAAGUCACGCGCACAGACUACGCCAAGAUCAUCGCGACCGAAGGCGCCGGAAGCUCGUACAAGGACAUUCUAAUCGACUGCUACCCACUUCCACAAGGGGUGGACAUUGUCCCCGAAACGCCCGACACGGUGCCGUUUAAAGCGCAUACCUUGUUUUGUGGACACUUGCCGCAGACUUUAGCAGCGAUAGCGACCGGUGCAGCGACGGGGACAGCAGCGACGACAAGAGAACCAAAAAUGGCGGCGGAAAAGUCUGAAACGGCAGUAAUAUCAACCAUGCCCCUCGAGCGGCCCGACGGCAGCUACGCGCAGCCAUCGGCGCGCUACUUGAAACUCAUCAUGGACGGGGCCGAAGAGCAUUCCUUCCCGCUGGAAUACAAAGAGUACCUAGCCGACAUUCGCGCGUACACGAUUACGUCGAAACGGCAAACAUUCGGGAAAUUCAUCUUCGUCGGCGUGUGGGCGCCGCCGCUUCUCUUCAUCUUGCUUUGUAAUCGGCUAUUCUCGGACCGCAGAGGCCGUGCGCCGGCCUGGCUGGUCAAAACGACUGACGCGUUAUUCGGGACUCUCUGGACGAGCUACGAUUUCGUGUUCAGGCGCAUGUUUGGCGACGGCGAGCGCACGGAUUAUCCCGACGAACGACUGAAGCAAUCCUCCUCAUCUUUUGGGAGGCUUUCGAGAUGUUCAACAGAGGAAAAGAAGACGAUAUCAGAGAUGGUCUAGGAUGGCUGCUACGUCGGAGAAAGCAGUUAUGGGAGUAUUAUAUAUAAAAUACUUUGUACGAUAUAAAUCACGUUCCUCUAGCAUGGCGGGUUUUCCACGGGGUGUAAUAAAUGCGGAGAUUAAAAAUAUUCGAUAUUUUGAUACUGAUAUGCAACCUAUUCCGCUCUGCUACUACGCUUGCCACGCGACCAGCAAUAAUGAAUUGUAACGUUAGUUUAAUGCUUAAACGCACGAGGAUGAAGUCACAAGUUCCCCCGCUCGGCCUGCUCUCGCUCAAUCGCUUCAAAGAGACUCUUAAAGUUCCCUGCUCCGAAUCCAGCAAAAUUGUUUCGUUGGAUUAUUUCAAUAAACACCGUUGGGCG